GGUUGUUGAAGUUGGGUACAAGGAGGUUACAGGGGCUCCGCGCUGAGGCCUGCAACAUGGCGGCUGGUUUCAAGACGGUGGAACCUUUAGAGUAUUACAGAAAAUUCCUGAAGGAGGCUUGUCGGCCGGACGGUCGAGAACUCACUGAGUUUAGGACAACGACCAUAAAUGUUGGUUCCAUUACCACAGCGGAUGGUUCAGCUUUAGUGAAGCUUGGGAAUUGCACUGUACUAUGUGGGGUUAAAGCGGAGUUUACAGCUCCUCCCGCGGAUGCCCCCAAUAAAGGAUAUGUUGUUCCAAAUGUGGAUCUUACACCCUUGUGCUCCUCUCAGUUUCGGCCUGGUCCCCCAGGGGAAGAGGCUCAAGUUGCCAGUCAGUUCAUAGCAGAUGUUAUUGACAAUUCCCAGAUGCUCCUGAAAGAAGACUUGUGCAUCGCACAUGGCAAGCUAGCAUGGGUUCUGUACUGUGAUCUCAUAUGUCUCGAUUACGAUGGAAACCUUCUUGAUACUUGCAUGUGUGCUUUGGUUGCUGCUUUACAGAAUGUAAGAUUGCCAUCUGUUAAAAUAAACGAGGAGACUGGUUUAGCAGAAGUCAAUUUGAAAACAAAACAUGCUCUGAAAAUCCUGAAACACCCCGUUGCAACAUCAUUUGCAGUAUUUGAUGACACAUUCCUUCUGGUGGAUCCCACAGGGGAAGAGGAGGGCUUGGCCAGCGGACUACUCACUGUUGUGACUGAUGAAGAUGAAAGGUUAUGUGCCACUCGAAAACCAGGUGGGAGUGCCCUUGCAGCAGAGAAGCUCCAGGAGUGCAUCAGUCGAGCCAUCACGAGACACAAAGAGGUGACGAACCUUCUGCAAGAGGCGCUGGCCAGUGUCAAGUCAGAAUAAGUAGGCAUAUUCAUUUUAAAAAUGACCAUGUAAAAAGUUGUAUUUGUUACAGUGAUUGCACACCUUUUGUACUAAAUAAACAUUACCAUGGCUACA